GCCAUGAGCCUUCAGACCUGCCACUGCGGUUGGUCUAAAGUCACCACCUACCACGGCCUGAGAACUCACCAGGGCAUAAAGGGAUGCACCCCUAAAGGAAUGAGCAUCCCUCAGUCUGCUCACAGGAAAUUACCUCAAAUCUCCAGUCCGGCUCCUCCAAUCAGAACACAGGAUCCUUUCUUCAACAUAUUUGGAAUCGGGCUGACGACUCAGAGCAUGACCAGAGUUUUAUCGGGGGUCCAGCUCGAACAGGGUUACUUCAACGGAUUCCAGACUGAACCCCCUCAUCAGAGCUACACACCACUAACUGCUGUCCGGGAGGAGAAUGUGAUUCUGUUUCCAAACCUCCUCAACCAGACCAAUCAUCCUCCAGUGGCACAGCCUGCAGCACCAUUGUUUCAGCGGAAUUCUUCACAAAUGAGAACAAACUGGGACCGAGCUCCACGAACAUCUCUCUUUUCGCCGGCGUUACCCACAGUCACCGCUCCAGUGAACCUUGGAUCUCCACAGCCCACAGUGCAGGACAGAAGUGUAUUGUUUUUUGCGACUCCCCAGCAUUUACGUGGAACCACAGAUGAAUCGGACAGAUGCCGUCGAGCCCUGGACUUCUCCACUGAGGACCAGCAGGCAAAGCAAGAAAGGAUGAAAGCUGAUUUACAGCAAAAGAUUCACGUCAGGCAGCAAAGGAAGGAGGAAGUCAGAUCGUCAGCAGCAGAUUGCUGGGGCUGUCUGGAUGCUGAAUGGCUGCAAAUCAACAGCGUCUUCUCAAGUGUGAUGAAACUUGUUGAGGAAGCUCGUCAGAAAGCUCUUCGGCCUCUGGAGGACAGGAAAAGGGAAGUGGGAAGAGAAGCUGAAAGAAUUGUUCAGAAAAUCCAAAGAGAAAUUGAGACAUUUGAAAAGGCCAUUGGAGAGUUGAACAACAACCAGGUUUCCUCUGUAAGAAGCCUGAAUGAAUCUGUGGAUAAUGAAGAGACCGGCGUGGAUACUUCACUCUCCCUUGGUACUCUGAGAGCCGCGACUUCUACCAUGAUGAAUCAGAUUGAGCAGGAGCUGGAAAAGCUCACUUCAGUUGAGCUGAAGAGGGUUCCAACAUUUGCAAUGGAUGUGAAGCUGGAUCCGGCCACUGCUCAUCGGAGCCUCGUCGUUUCUCCUGAUGGGAAGAAAGUGAAAGACGGUGGAACAAACUCCGGAGUUCCCGACACUGCUGAGAGGUUCGACUUGUUUGGCAGCAUCCUGGGGCUCAACGGCCUGACCUCUGGAAGGGCUUACUGGGAGGUGGACGUCGGUUGCAAGUCCGGCUGGGAUCUUGGUGUGGCAAGACGCAGUGCCAACCGUAAAGGCAAGCUGGAGCUGAACCCCGAGGAGGGUUACUGGGUUGCUGUCCAUUUCGAAGACAAAAUGUAUGCAGCCAUGACGGCACCGCCCGUCAGAAUCAGUCCGAAGGAGAAGCCUAAGACAGUGGGGGUGUUUGUAGAUUACGAGGAAGGACUUGUGUCCUUCUACGAUGUCAAAACCCAGUCUCACAUAUACUCCUUCUCCGAGUGCUUGUUUGGCGGCGAGAUCUGUCCUUAUUUCAGUCCACACACACAAAAUGAGAAGAAUACGGAUCCUCUGUUUAUCUGUGCUGUGUAGCUGAUGAAGAGGUUAAAAAGUAGAACUCUGGAGUCAAAAAACAGAUGUUUUAAAGCGUUUGACCUGCUUCAGAUGAUGGAUGAUUUUCUCAAGAUGUGCAAUGUAAAUACUCGGUUUUAUCAAAGAAAAAAACAAUAGUACCUUUAAAACACUAUAUGUGCAAUCAUUUUCUGUAAAAUUAAAAAAAGACGAUUGAUUUUAUUGCAGAUGAGACUUUCUAUUGAACCGAAAAACUGGGUGUGAUCUUAAAUAAUUUUACAGUUUGCACAGGGCAGUGCGCAGACAGGCAAGGCAUGUUCAAAAGGACGAACCACAAUAAAAACUACAGAAUGGAGGAAUCUUUGUAUCGUAUUUUACACACUGCUUCUCCAGAGACAAGCACACACUUUAUCUUCAUAGUCACGCUCAGGUCAUGUAUUUGAUGUGUAGUUUUUUAUUUUAGACCUGCAAUCUGUCAGCUUUCUCUGGUGAGCUGGCAAACCGGAGGGAAGUUGAUGUUCGUGAAUGACUGAUGUUUUUUUUUGUUUUUUU